AUGUCGGUGGCCAGCAAAAAUCCCUUUGCCAUCCUCGAAGACGAGGACGCCUCACAGCCGUCCACUCCGGCUCCCGCCCCCGCUACAGCAGAUGCAUCUGCUUCCCCGGCUCCGACGCGCGGCACCCAGAGAGGCCGCGGCGGCCCAGCUUCGCGAGGUGGGAGGUACUACCAACGAGGAGGCAAAUCCGCUCCUUCCGGUGAGAAGGAGAACCAGGACUCUGCGGAGGAUACCGCAGCCGGCGAGGCUCCGAAGAGGAGAUUCGACGGUGAAGGUCGUGGACGUGGUCGCGGCAGAGGCCGUGGUGGUGACCGUGGCGGUGACCGUGGAUCUCGCGGAGGACGUGGACGUCCCUUUGACAGGCACAGCCAGACCGGCAAAGUCGACUCGGAGAAGAAAGUCCACCAGGGCUGGGGAGGCGACGAGGGCAGUUCCGAGCUCAAGGCCGAGGACGCCGCUGUCGCCGACGCUGUUACCGAGGCGCUCGGCGCCACCACGACUAGCGAUGACUGGGCUGCCCCUGCAACCACUGCCGCCGAUGAUUGGGGAACCUCUCCUCCCGCCGGUGAUCAAGCCGCCGCGCCUGAGGGUGAGAAGGCUGGGGAACGCGAGGGGCGGAGGCCUCGUGACCGAGAGGUCGAAGAGGAGGACAACACACUCACGUUUGAUCAAUACCUCAAGCAGCAGAAGGAGCUCGAGAUCGUGCCGAAGUUGGAGGUCAGGAAGGCCAACGAAGGUGACGAUUCGAUCUGGAAGGAUGCUGUUGUCAUGAGCAAGAAGGACGUAGAGGAAAAGGCCUACUUUGUGGGCAAGUCCAAGACGGCUGCUCCGAAGGCUCGUCCCAAGAAGGAGGAGAAGGUUUUCCUAGAGAUUGACGCUCGGUUUGAACGCCCUCAACGCGGUGGUCGCGGUCGUGGCGGCGACAGAGGUGAGGGUCGUGGGCGCGGCCGCGGCCGCGGAGGCGGAGGCAGAGGCAGAGCUAACGGGGGUGGUGCUGCUGCUCCCGCCCUCGAUGUUGAUGAUCAAACUGCUUUCCCUUCGCUGGCUUAA